AUGAGAAAGGCAGGGCGUACACCACUUCACUAUGCUGCGGCCGAUCCGAACGGCGAGCACAUGAUCAAAGUCCUACAGAAAGCCGGUGGAGACGCGUUCAUCGACGACAAGCAUGGUCAUACACCUUUCUAUUACCGUACACAAGGGCAACGUCUCAACAUGCGCAGUAUGAAGGACAAUGCGGUUAUGAAUCAGCUGAUGUCCGGACAACUGAGCCGUACACUCCUACAAGAUCUCGAGGAAGACAUCUACGACUGGAUCCACACCGGAAAUGUUGGAAAACUUGAAGAGCUAGUCCUAACUGGCUACGGCGAUUUGCUGCUUGGUAGAAAUCAUGAGGUGGAAGAUGCAGAUAGCAUCGGUUUCCUGGAAGUGCUACCACAAUACCAGGCCAAGGUUCAAGCAAUUCACAAAGCUGUCGAAACUGGCAAUCUUCGCGCGGUACGCCUUCUGACGGAUCGAAAGAAGCUCGCCUUAUGUCGCGACUCCAGGGGCUUAAGCCCUCUACAC